CAAUGGAAAAUGGUGCCUGAUCCGCGCAUCGCAUCGGCACCUGCCUCAGAGUGAGAGGUAGUUGACAUGGCAAAAUUCAGCUCAUAUCAGGCUCAUCAGUUUUGUAUUUCACUGUUACCUUUACGCGCUAUUGUCCUCGUAAUUUAGGCUUUAUCGAUGCGUCCCAGUAUUCUAAUGACACGCGUGAGAUCUGGGUGAGCACUGCCAUGGCGAGAGAAAAGUCCGACAAGGAAAGUUGAGUCAGUGUUUACCUUUGCCAGGUGGUCCGCAUGUAACCUGCCCCAACAUACCGCGUCGCGAGGAAAAGAAUUACUACCGAGGUAAGGUGGGGAGUUUUGUUCCCUCCGCCCCAGACCUCGCCUCCCCUCCGAUGGCCGCUGUGUCAUGGCGUAAUGAGGCACGUGUGAGGACCAACCUCCUGACACGCACCUCCAGCCAGCGGCUCUGCAUCACCUCCAGCUUUCGUCCCCACUCAUAAAAUGCCUGGUGUUCACCUAAUGCCUGCGUAGGGAAAACUGUUCGUGUAAUAUCAGCCUCAUCACCACCACCACCACCACCACCACCACCACUAUCGUCAUCAUUAUCAUCAUCACGUUAAAGGUUUUCCUUACAACCCCAUCACAAUGAUAUGUAAAACUUCAGAAAAUUGGAAAGGAGAGGUAAACAGAAAGCUUUGCCAUAGAUUGGGAGGCCCCUUCCUGUCUCCCUUUCACAACCCACCAGCCCAUGACCUUCAUAAACCAACAGAUGCAGCACCUCCUCACCGCCCAGAGGCAUGGAAUGGUGCAAGUAAUGGGCGUCCCAUCUCCCCAGGGGUGGCGUGGCACAGCCUGCCUCAGCACGCCGGUGUGGUGGGCGUUGUUCAUCCCCGGGAGGCGCGCUGGUUAUGGCUCAGGUGGAUGCAUGAUAACGAGGGGUGGUGGUGGUGGUGGUGGUGGUGGUGGUGGUGGUGGUGGUGGUGUGGUGGCGUUGGUGGGGAGGGGGGAGAGACUGAGAGGGGCCAAGGUGGCGUGGGCCGGACCGCCAGGCAGCAGUUGAUCGUUUGGUCGCAGAGUGGUCGCACGGAACCCGGGACACACCACACAGGGAGCGUGGGCCCCACUACUCUGGCGGAAUUCACGGCAAGGUGACAAUGAUGGCCGUGGUUCUAGUGAGCUGUCCGGUGCUAGUAGAGUAGCUGGAAAGUACCGCCAUGUCUGAUAAAAGACAAUCGGGUCCGCCAGACGGCGGGCCCCCGGAUCGUGAGCGAGGCGGCAGACCGCGUUAUGGCACGCAGGUGUAUGACUCCAAGGGCAUGAAGAACUCUCGGCUGAGUCAGCAAGCCGGCGAUGAUUACGGUCGCGAAGGCGGGCGGCGUGGCCAGCCUUCAGGUGCUGCGGGCCCUGACGUGGCCACCGUGGGCGGCCUGCCCCUCACCCAAACGUCCACGGGACGAGGACGCCAAACCAAUGCAGGCGGCAGGCGUGGCAGCCUGGACAACGGACGCCAAGGCGAGGGGAAGGGCGGGCAGCGUCGUGGUAGCGUUGACAGUGGCGAACAGGACAGAGGGAAGGAUGCAGAUGACGGGACGAGCAGCAUUGAGGCCGGCUCGAGCCAAGACCAAGAUCAGAUGAUCCAGAAACAGCGAGCUAGAGUUCUGCUGCUCAGCGCGAAGGGUGACUGGCCAGCCCUGGAUCAUGCCCUAAAGGUUCUGGAACGACUCGUUCCCGAGCAGCAACUCUCCGGCAGCAGCUCCCAGCCACCCUUUCAUCCCCUCAAGGACUUAGCGGAUGAGACCACGGGUUACACUCCGCUUAUGUACGCCGCCAGGGAAAACAAGCCAGUAUUUAUCGACCGGCUGUCUGAACUCGGCUGCAAUCCCAAUGACAAAAACAAGGAAGGUUUCGCCGCAGUGCACCUGGCCGCGAUGUACAGCCGGGAGGAGACCAUCCGCCACCUGGUGCAGAGGAAGGCAGACAUCAACGCCACAGGAGGGCCCCACCUACAGACCACUAUUCACAUGGUUUGCGAGCGAGCCAACACCGCCCACCGCUUCAUGGGUCGCGGGACUCUAGUGCAACGCUCCUCCAACGUCAGCGGUGAUGAUAAGCGCGCCUCAAACACUACUCUCAACGAUCCGAGGGAACAGACGGCGGCGCACCUGGUGGCCAACCGCAGCACGGGGGCGGCCGUGGCGCUCAUCAAGACUGUCCUCAUGCACGCCAAGCAGGACCUCAGACUGACCAAGGACAAUCGCGGCGACAUCCCGCUGUUCCUGGCUGUGGACGCGAGCCACCAGGGGCUGGUGCGGGAACUGGUCUUCCAUCACGGCGCGGAGCAGGUGAAGUCUGUAAGGGCGCACACGAGGGACACCGUGCUCCACGUCGCCUGCAGGAAAAAGGACACGGACAUGGUUAAAAUUCUUGUGGAUGCCGGGGCCAGCACGGACACCCAGAAUGCCGCAGGACAGACGCCGCUUCAUAUAGCUGCCGAGGAAGGUGAUGAGGCUACUGUCAAAUAUUUCUACUCUGUGCACGCCAACCCCAACAUCACCGACAAGUUUGAUCGCACGCCCCUGCACGUGGCCGCUGAAAAUGGAUUCACGCCCGUGGUGGACCUCCUUGCCGAGAAGUUCAAGGCGUCGGUGAUGGAUCGCACCAAGGACGGGUCAACUCUGGUACACAUCGCAUCCUUGCACGGCCACCCUGACACUGUCAUGGCCUUCCUCAGGAAAGGUGUGCCGCUCCACAUGCCAAACAAAAGUGGUGCGCGGUGCAUCCACACGGCGUCCCAGCGAGGCCACGUUGGGGUGGUGAACGCCAUCCUCCACAAGGGCGAACACGUGGACGUCACCACCAAUGAUGGCUUCUCGGCACUCCAUAUCGCGGUGAAGUCUGGCAAGCCGGCCAUGGUGGAAGCCUUGUUAGGGCACGGCGCCAACCUCACCAUGCAGGGUGGAGCGGCACGGGAGUCGGCGCUUCACCUGGCCGCGAGGGUCAAAGAUGGUGAAAAGUGUGCAGAGAUGCUACUCAAGUCCGGUGCUGACGCCAAUCUGCCCAAGGACGACGGCCAAACGCCGCUUCACCUGGCGGCCCACCACGGCAAUCUCAAGACCCUCAAGCUGCUCCUGGAGGACGACAACGCCAAACCACUGCUGCAGUCCAAGACGGGGGAGUCUCCGCUGCACCUGGCCUGUCUGUCUUGUCGUGUGGAGGCCGCGAAGAUGCUGCUGGAUCACGUCACCAGAAAAAGCGGGACUGAGGCUGUAGAGAAGCUCGUCAACGCCAAGAAUCACGCGGGAGAAACGGCGCUGCAUUACGCUGCUCGGGUCAACAAGCAAAACGCCAACUACAAGGCAGGGGACGACAGGGAAAUGGCUCACCUCUUGUUGACAAACGGGGCACAGCUGAUGGUGGCAACGGCCAAGACCUCAGAGACGCCCAUCCAUUACGUGGCGACCUCAGGCAACGAGUCGGUGCUGGACGAAAUGUUGAGGUUUACGCCCCCAGACAAGAUCCAGAAGCUAGUCAACAUGCAGUCAUCGCGAGGGUGGUCGCCGCUGCUGAAUGCUGCAGAGAACGGUCACGAAGGCAUCGUGUCCACGCUACUUGACCACCACGCCAGAGUCGACGUGUUUGACAGUGAGGGUAAAGCUGCACUCCAUCUGGCUGCUGAACACGGCUACAAACUGGUUUGCAAUGCCCUACUGACCCACAAGGCUUUCAUCAAUGCAAGGACCAUGUCGGGGCUGACAGCAUUGCAUCUAGCUGCCAUGAAAGGCUACAAUGACUUGGUGUGGUCACUCAUCACGCAGCACCACUCGCAGAAGGACGCCCUCACCUUGAAAAAGCAAACUCCCCUGCAUCUGGCGGCCGAGGCAGGGCAGCUGGAGGUGUGCGACACGCUGCUGCAGCUGGGCGCCGACACUAAUGCCACCAACGAUGCGGGUCAGAAAGCAGUGCACGUAGCCGCCAUGCGCAAUAACUCCGAGGUGGUGAAGCUCUUCCUCAAGACUUCCCCAGAGCUGGUCACUACAGCUGACAAGGACGGCAACACGUGUGCGCACAUCGCGGCGCAGCAAGGCUCAGUGGACGUGGUGCGGGAGUUGAUGAGGCAUAACCGAGGUGUUGUCAUCAAUGGCAAGAACCGUGUUGGAGAGUCCACCCCCCUCCACCUGGCGGCUGAGGGAGGCCACGCCACUCUUGUCAAGUUUCUGGUGGAGAAUGGAGCUUCGCCCAAAGCUGAGAAUGGCAUGGGGUUCACGGCGGUGCACCUGGCAGCCAGGUAUGGCCACAGCCAAGUUUUGGACACACUUAGGGAAGUCACCAGCCUAAGAAUCGUUAGUAAAAAACUCGGUCUGUACGCCCUCCAUGUCGCCGCUCAUUACGGUCAGCCAGAGAUGGUGAGAGAUCUGUUGGCGCACAUCCCCGCCACCAUUAAGUCGGAGCCACCAAUCCUGAGCGGGAGCAGACCCUUCCUGCCAGACCUGGGGGCCGAGGCAGACCUUACGCCUCUCCAUCUGGCUGCCCAUGAAGGAAACGAGGGUGUUGUCCGCAUUCUUCUCAACAUCCCGGGAGUUCAAGCUGACGGCACUUCCAGACUGAAUAGCUACAUCCCCCUUCAUCUAGCGUGCAUUGGCGGCCACACGUCUGUUGUUGGCCUCCUCCUCUCCAAGUCCGCUAAACAGGUAUCAAAAGUAGACAAGCGCGGGAGGACUGGCCUACAUUUGGCAGCCAUGCGAGGUCACUACCACCUGGUGGCGCUGCUCAUGGGCCAGGGUGCUGAGUUAGGAGCCAAAGACAGGGACGGCCUGACACCCCUUCACUAUUGCGCGAGAGCAGGACACUUGGAGGUGGUGAAGCUUUUGGUGGAUGCCGGGGCAUCACCAAUGGAUAAAUCCAUAGAAGGAAAGACACCCAUCGUGCUUGCUGUUGCCAGUGAGCACGUGGAUGUAUAUAACUACCUCAUUAACAAGAAACAUGAUUCGUACAAACUUCUGGAGGACAAAAAGUACGUGCACGACCUGACGCUAAUGAGCAAAAAGCACAACCAUUCUCCCCUGGAAGAAUUCAUCCUGCUUUCCCCCGCCCCCAUCGACCUGGCCACCAAGCUGGCACACACCCUCCUCAUCCUUUCGGAAAAGGAAAAGGAGAGUAGCCGGGACCUGCUCGAUGCGUCACUGUUCAGCGAGGCACUGGCGACGGAACUGGUGGCGAUAUCUGCAGCCAGCUCCUCUCCUGGACUGAUACUGCGGGCCGUCGACAAUAGAAACAUAGUUCUUCUUGAUUCGCUUAUCGAACAUGAGCAAAAACAGGUGAUUGCACAUCCAGCCGUCCAGAGGUACCUCACCGACGUGUGGAUGGGGAGCCUCGACUGGCCCGGAUGGAAGGUGAUUCUCAUGUUCCUGGCCUUCCUCUGCCUUCCCCCUGUGUGGAUCUUCUUCAGCAUGCCUUUGGGUCACAUGUACAAUGAAGUGCCGCUAGUCAAGUUCAUCGCCUACCUGGUGUCCCACGUGUACAUGUUGAUUCUGAUGAUCAUGACGGUGGUGAUGCCCUUACGACCCAUCUGGGAGAACAUUGGCCUCUUCCCCAACUGGUAUGAGUGGUUGCUGUUACUCUGGCUCAGCGGAAAUCUUGUGAUGGAGCUCACUAAUCCAGGGGACAUUGCUGGGCUGGGAUGGAUCAAGGUGUUUGUUCUGGUCUUCAGCGGCCUCGGCGUCCUCGUGCAUCUCGUGGGGUUCUUCUAUCUGGGAAACAAGGAACUCCUGUGCGAGAUGCUGUACAUUAGAAACAACCUGCUGGCCAUCGCUCUCCUGCUGGCGUCAGUGCAGCUCUUGGAUUUCUUGUCAUUCCAUCACCUUUUCGGCCCUUGGGCUGUCAUCAUUGGCAAGCUAAUGGUGGACUUAGGUCGCUUCCUCGUCAUCCUUAUGAUCUUUGUGUUCGGCUUUUCAAUGUACGUGGCUGCCAUCUACAACCCGCUUCGACCCAUAUAUUCUGAAUUUAAUUACACUAUAGACGGCGAGACAACAGGUUACCCGCCCGCAGAGGCACCAGUUCAGAAUCCUUUACAAGCUGGCGAGAUGUUGUUCUUUUCCCUGUUUGGUUUGGUGGAACCUGACUACAUGCCUCCCUUUUAUAGCCACCCUGUUUGGAGUCAGACUCUCAUGAAGAUUGUGUUCGGAAUCUAUCAGAUGGUGACGGUGGUGGUGCUCAUCAACCUCCUGAUCGCUAUGAUGUCUGACACCUACCAGAGGAUUCAGGCCAAGAGCGACACGGAAUGGAAGUUUGGACUUGCCAAGUUGAUUCGCAACAUGAGUCGCACGUCUGGCACUCCGUCACCACUCAACCUUCUCGUCAAGCUCAUUGUUUACAUCAUCGCUAUUUUCAAAUUCAAAUGUAACCUCUGCUCGGAGAAAGCAAUGGACUACAUGCGGACUGAAGGUCGGACUGAAGAUUCGCAUCUAGCAGACCUGAAAACAGAGUUCGGUGGAGGAUGGAUUAAAAAGCUCCGAUCACGCAGUAAAGCCAGCAUUACGCCUCAAAGCACGGAGAACCUGGUGCCGCUCAGCAACAUGGAGGGACCUCAAGGCGUCAGGAGGAUUGAAAAUGUUAUCAAAUGGAGUCGUGUGGUGAACCGAUACCGCAUCAUGCACCGCAAGGAGGUUCAGCCCGGCGAGGGCUCCGACGGCGAGAAUGACAUGCCCACCGACUCCAUGGAAGACUUACAGGAAGAGGCGCUGCUCAAUGGUAAUAUUGAAUCCAACUCCAGCCAGCCCGCCAAUGCCUAAGGAACACACUGCAAACCUUGGGUAAACACGGUACACUUUCACUGGUGCACCGAGGAAGUAAACUGCAAAAACUUGACGAUGCUAAAUUUGCUGUGUACAGCCCAAGGUGUCUCAACUUGCGUGGUGGGGCGAGCAACCGACCACUGCUACGAUUACUGAGUUAACAUGAUCUCUUAAUAGUUCCUGAUUUUCAAAGGCUUGAUUUGAGAUCAACUGUGACUCAAACUCCAUUCUUGCCAAAUUCAUACACAAACCACAAACCUCCAAGAGGAGGACUGUCAUUGCACAAAUUAGUAUAAAACACGUAAAAUACACUGUUUAACAUUUCUGUAUCAUAUACGUAUAUGAUUACUAUUAUCUGAACACCGUGAUUUCCUUCAGUGGCAUACUGGCAUACUAGACUGGCCAAUUACACAACUUUUUCAGACAAUGGGAAUUCUCACAUUGCGAUUCCUCACAAUAAUACGGUCGUGUGCCCAUUGCCUCCUUCAUUCAUCACGUCAUCCUGGAAACACGGAUAAUCCAUUUAUCUGCAGACCGCCUCAUCAUGUCAUCUUCCUUCAACAUUGUCACCAUAUGCUACAGAUGUUAUUCUUCAGCAUAAACCUGUGAAUAGAAUUACGUAAGAAGCCAAGACUUGGGUGAAGAGAAUCCAUUGAACUGUAACAUAAUAAUAACGUGGGAUUUGGUAUAGUGCAGGCCUUGUUAAGAUAUGCAGAUGAAGUAAUGCAGCUUAGCGUGGAGUAAAGGUGUGCUGACUGGCGGUGAGCUGCAGACACUGAACACGUCUUGAAAUAAUCCGGCAACGUUUAAGUAGAAAUGUUGCACUUUGAAAGAUUGUGGCAUGUCUAAAAGAUUAGUGAUUGGUGUCUUGUUGUCACUCCCGUGUGGCGUAGGCUGCUGUGAGCCUCGCCAUAAGUCAGUAGCCUUUCCUUUGCGCGAAGGCAAUUAGAAGAGGAAGCCUUAAUUUAGUACCAUCACACUGGGCUCGAUUUCCAUGGUGCCUUUUGUGUAUCCUUGGCUUUAGGUAAUAAUGUCAAUGUUGUCAUUUGACAUUUAACAUGAAAAUGAGCAAAUGGAGCUAUACAUACGUAUUUAUCACAAAACUAGCUGUACAAUAUUUCAUAAAGAUUGACCACUUCUCACAGAGUGAUGUAGUAGCUGACUUGUUUAAUUGCAAAUUAAAUGUG